CUUGUCGAGGUGAGUUGAAGCGCCCCCUACCCUUGAGGUGCCCUUGGGAUGCAACGGGAUAUGGUUUCAAGUUGCUGGAUUUCUUCCGCACCUGCCUCGCGCAGCGCGACAGAGUUUUCAUUUCUGGUCUCGUUCUGCGAUAAUCGGGUCGAGAAGAUGAAGUGAAAUUCAGCCGACGAGAGACUGCCCGCCCAGGACCUUCGAAUCGCACGAGGGAAAUAGCAAACUAACAGUCGCCAUGUUAUCAGGCCUUCAUCAAGAUGCAGAUCUUCGUCAAGACCCUCACGGGUAAGACUAUCACCCUUGAGGUGGAGUCGUCCGACACCAUCGACAAUGUCAAGUCCAAGAUCCAGGACAAGGAGGGAAUCCCCCCCGACCAGCAGCGUCUGAUCUUCGCUGGUAAGCAGCUGGAGGACGGCCGUACUCUUUCGGACUACAACAUCCAGAAGGAGUCGACCCUUCACCUGGUGCUGCGCCUGCGUGGUGGUGGUAAGAAGAGAAAGAAGAAGGUCUACACCACCCCCAAGAAGAUCAAGCACAAGCACAAGAAGACCAAGCUCGCCGUCCUCAAGUACUACAAGGUCGACGGUGACGGCAAGAUCGAGCGUCUCCGCCGCGAGUGCCCCUCCCCCGAGUGUGGUGCUGGUAUCUUCAUGGCCGCUAUGCACAACCGCCAGUACUGUGGCAAGUGCCACCUCACCUACGUCUUCGACGAGUCCAAAUAAGCGGACUAUGCGCGAAUCGCCCCGCCUUUCUUUGUUCCCGGUCGUCGGUGGAGGAAGCUAGGUGGAGUAGGAUUGAGGAGC